AGGUCAAUUGGCAUUCUAUCACUUGGGAAAGAGGACAAUGAAGAUCAUUCAAGCUUGGUCUCCUUUUACCUUGGCCAUAGAGCUAAUGAAUAUCACACACAAGAAAACCCAGAUCUCAAAGUCUACCAAGGCAUUGUUCUGGGUCAUGUCCAGGUAGUGGUGUAUGAAUAUUCUGACUGGGAUGCAUUUGACAAUGACUCACAGGGAUCUCAGAACAGACUUCAAGAAACAGAUAUUGUUGUAAUCAAGUUUUCCGUUAAUGACAAGGCUUCAUUUCUUAAUAUAAGAAUAAUUUUGUGCCAGUGAUAAAGCAAAUCUUCAGCCACAGCUUUGUUCCUGUUAUGGUACUGGCCAUUGGUACUAGACAAAAUGAUGGUCCGUUCUGUACUUGUCCUAUGUGCUCUUCAGACAGAGAGAUUUCUGUCACUACUAAUGAAGGGCUUCAGCUUGCCAAGGAAAUGGGGGCAACCUAUCUGGAACUGCUGGCUCUGAAUUACUUCUAUGUAGUGAAAUACUUUGGAGGAGUGCUGGAAUAUUACAUAAACAAGACUAUCCAACGCAAGUCAGCUGUAAUGGGAAAGAGAAAAAAGAAUCGGAUUAAACCUCCAGAUCUUCUACUACCCGAAAAGAUGCCAGUUUUGAAACAUGAGCCUUCACGAUAUAUAUCUGACAUACAAGAUCUGCUGGUUCGCUGCCAAUGUGCUGAUGUCCUCUUCUGUACAGCGGAGUUAAGGCCGGUGUCUGGAGCCCAUAAAGUAGUACUAUGCAGUGUCAGUGCUGUCUUUGCGCUCUUGUUUGCUACCUCCAGAAAGCAUUUUGCUGACCCCUGCAUAUACAAGACAGCACACUUCCUAUUCUCCAUUUAUGAAGAAUCUGCAGGGAUUGCCCACAAUUCUCCAGUCAGAGUCAUAGUUAAAGAUUGCAACUUCCAUACGUGUUUACCCAACAUUCUUAACUUUAUUUACUCGGGCGCAUCUAAGUGGGAACUGCUGGAACAACAGAUUAAAGAAAAACUGAAAGAUGGAGAAAAAGUGGAACAUGUCUUCCGCCUAGUACAAUGUGUGGUUAAGAAACCAAGCCAGGUAAGAUCUUCAACAGAUGAGUCUUUUCCCCAUUGUAAGGAUCCACUUCAGCUCUGCGAGUCUCUUGGACAGUUUUUUAACAACCCAUUAUUGGCGGAUGUGAUCUUCCAAGUACAAGACUCAAAGAUCCCAGCACAUCGAGCAGUGCUGGUGGCUCGUUGUGAGGUUAUGUCAGCCAUGUUCAGUGGAAGUUACUCUGAAGCAAAUCGAAUUGUUAUUCCUAUUCAUGACAUGUCCAAAGACACAUUCCUUGCUUUUCUGGAGUAUAUUUACAAAGAUACAUAUUGCCCUGCCAGCAUUCUACAAGCCAUGUCACUGAUGAUUUGUUCUGAGAUGUACCAGGUGUCUCGAUUACAACAUGUAUGUGAAAAUUAUAUCAUCACUCAGCUUCAGAGCAUGCCAAGCAGAGAGCUGUCAUCGUCAAGCCUAAGUGUGGUCAGUCUGCUUAAAAAAGCCAAGUUUUAUAACUCUGAAAGCCUGUACACUUGGCUGCUCUAUUUUCUUGCUGCACACUAUUUAAUCUUCAGCCAGAAGGCCGACUUCCAAGAUCUUUCAGCUGAAGAACUGGAGUUUGUAGAAAAGCACAGAUGGCCUUCACAUUUUUACUUGACUCAGCUUGCAGAAUAUCGAAGGUAUAUCCACUCCCCGAAACACAAAUGUGUUGUUUUGUGA